CAGAUUGGCUUCUCAUCACUUUAGUGCCCGGGACUGGUGCUGCCGGCUGUGUCUGCGCUCUCUCUGCCUUGUGAUCUGCAUGCAACACACAGGGACAGGGGGAAAACUCACUUACACAUUGGCACAGUCACCUUCUCUAGGAACACUCAGCUUGCACCUCCUGCUCAUCAUGAAAGUCUCCUAUUUCUACCUGCUUGGAUUACUGGUCAGCAGCGGGCAAGCUCUCAUGCAAGUGACAAUAUCCCUUAGCAAAGUUGAAAUCAGUGUGGGUCAGUCUAAAUACUUCACAUGUACAGUUAUUGGAGAAGCAGACAACAUAGACUGGUUUAACCCACAAGGAGAAAAAAUCAUUUCUGGCCAGAGAGUAGUGGUUCAAAGAGAAGGCAUCAGAUCUUGGUUGACCAUAUAUAAAGCAAAUGUUGAUGAUGCGGGUAUCUAUCGUUGCCAAGCUACAGAUUCUAAAGGACAUGCUCAGGAGGCUACAGUUGUUUUGGAAAUUUAUCAAAAACUGACAUUUGAGGAUGUGCCCUCACCUCAAGAAUUCAAAAGAGGAGAAAAUGCAGAAGUUUUGUGUCUCGUCAGCAGCUCACCUGCUCCAAUGGUUAGAUGGUUAAAUAACCGUGAAGAUGUCACAGACAUUGAUGACAGGCGCUUUGCAAUGUUACCCAACAACAAUCUGCAGAUUAAAAACAUUAGUAAAAGAGAUGAAGGCAUUUAUAGAUGUGAGGGCCGGGUGGAGGUUAGAGGUGAAAUUGAUUUCCGGGAUAUCAGUGUCAUUGUAAACGUUCCUCCAGAGAUUUUAGCUCAGCAAAGAUCUUUUAAUGCAACAGCAGAUCGACUGGAGGAUAUUACUUUAUUUUGCCGGGCCACGGGUUCUCCAAAGCCUUACAUCACCUGGCACAGGAAUGGCAAGCUGGUUGAGGAAAAUGAAAAGUAUGAUUUAAGAGAAGACAAUACAGAACUCACUGUCAAAAACAUUAUAAGUACUGAUUCCGGACUGUAUGUAUGUAGAGCAACAAAUAAAGCAGGAUUUACAGAAAAACAGUCUUUUCUACAAGUGUUUGUGCAGCCUCAUAUUGUACAGCUACAAAAUGAAACUACAAUCGAGCACGGACACGUAACUCUUACAUGCGAAGCUGAAGGAGAACCUAUUCCUGAAAUUACCUGGAAAAGAUCCAGUGAUGGAAUGAUUUUCUAUGACGGUGACAAGAGCCAAGAUGGACGUAUAGAAAGCACAGGACAUCAUGGAAAAUCCUCCUUACAUAUUAAAUCUGUGAUGUUGUCUGAUGCAGGGAGAUAUGACUGUGAAGCAGCAAGCAGAAUUGGUGGCCAUCAAAAAAGCAUGUAUUUAAAUAUUGAAUAUGCACCGAAGUUCAUAUCAAAUCAAACCAUUUACUAUUCUUGGGAAAAUAACCCUAUAAACAUAAGUUGUGAUGUGACGUCCAAUCCGCCAUCAUCAAUUUACUGGAGCAGAGACAAAUUAUUGUUGCCUGCACGAAAUAUAACAAACAUAAAAACUUAUAGAGAUGGAAAAAGAAUAUUGCUAGAGAUAACACCAUUAUCAGACAAUGAUUUUGGGCGUUACAACUGCACAGCUAUAAAUUCAAUAGGAUCAAGAAUUCAGGAAUACAUACUUACUCUAGCUGAUGUGCCUUCCAGUCCCUAUGGCUUGCGAGUUAUAGAGCUUUCACAAACUUAUGCCAAAGUGUUUUUCAACAAACCAGACUCACAUGGAGGUGUGCCCAUUCACCAUUAUCAAAUGGAUUUCAAGGAAGUAUCAUCAGAAAUAUGGAAGGUUGUCCGAUCUCAUGGAACACAGACAAUAAUUGUCCUUGGAAACCUAGACGCAAAUACAACGUAUGAAGUCAAAGUUGCUGCUGUAAAUGGAAAAGGAAAAGGAGAGUAUAGUAAAACGGAAAUAUUCCAGACACUCCCUGUUCGUGAACCAAGUCCACCAUCAAUUCAUGGACAACCAGGUGGAGGGAAAAGUUUUAAGUUGAGCAUUACAAAACAGGAUGAUGGAGGAGCACCAAUUCUGAACUAUGUUGUAAAGUAUCGAAGUAAAGACAAAGAAGACCAGUGGCUUGAAAAAAAGUUUCUUGGCAAUAAAGAUUACAUCAUAUUAGACCAUCUACAGUGGAAUGUGGGAUAUGAGGUUCACAUUAUAGCUACUAAUAGACUUGGUCACUCUGAGCCAACAGUGUUUGAAUUCCUCAUGCCACCAAAACCUAAUAUAAUUGCAGAUACACUUUUCAGCGGACUUGGAGUUGGUGCAGUUAUUGGUUUGGCAGUGGCUGCACUUCUACUUGUUUUAGUUGUGACAGAUGUCAGUUGCUUUUUUAUAAGGCAAUGUGGCCUACUAAUGUGUAUAACUAGAAGAAUUUGUGGAAAGAAAAGUGGCUCCAGUGGAAAAAGCAAAGAACUGGAAGAAGGAAAAGCUGCCUACUUGAAACUUCUGCUAAAAGAAGAGAAUGGUAAAGAAGCACUGAGUGCAGAAGCUAUUGAAAUAAAAAUAUCAAAUGACAUCAUUCAGACAACAGAAAGUGAUAGCAAAGCAUAGCAUGAUGCAAACUCUGUUGUCAAAGUGGAAACCGGUGGUGCAAACGUAACAUCAGUGCUCUGCUGCAGAAAUUAUUGGCUAAUACUAGCUUUCACUUGUGUCCAUAUCUGAAUUUACAUCUAUUCUACUCAAAGGUUUUGUUUAUUAAUUUAGUAUAUUUGUCUGACCAAUAACAGUAUAAAUGUAUAAAGUUGAAAAUUACUGCAAAAAAUAUUUAAUUUAUUAUAAAAAAAUAAAUAAAGUGUUCUAUUUAUAAAAUGUUUUAUUCUUUGUUGUCGGAUUUACUAUUCAGCAAUUUGCAAACAUGCCAAAAUAUAAACUGAUGGAACCUUUAUGUUUGGGUGAAAUAAUUUUAUAUGCUCAAAUUCAACUUUAACAAAGGAAAUGAAGUAUUUUCCUUUAUGAUAUUCUGAUUUAUAUGUUCACAAACUGCAUUUUAAAAUGUGAUAUUAGAUCUACAAAGAUUCCAGCUUGAACUUUAGUGAAACUAUUUGAAUGUAGUAUUCAAACUAUUUUCUGUAUAUCUAUAAAAAAUUAAACAACCAAGUAGGUAAUCUCAGUAAAAAGGUUUGCUAGAUGUUAAUGGAGAAGGAAAGUCAUUUUGGCAUUUUACUGCCAAUAGAUUUGCAAAUCUUUCAAAAAAUUAGCGAAAUGGCGAAAAAUCUUCAAAAUGGUGAAAAUGUUGCGUCAAAAAAAAUGUUGCACUUGUCAAUAUGAAACUUGUCAUUUUUUUUACGCGCUCAACAAUUUUUUUUGGAUUCAGAUGGCAAAUUUUGGUUGCAUGGCAAUUUUUUCUGUAAUGAAUUUUGUUGCCUGUUCAUCAAAAAAAUCCACCGAUGGCGAAACUUAGAAUACAUACGAUUUUUGAUAACACAGAAUAGUGAGACCAUUAAGCGCCAUCUAUAAAGAUAUAAUUUACAGGGUAUUUGUGGCUCUCAUGUUAGAUCUAUUACAUUCUUUAUUUUCUACUUAAUAAUUGUCAUUAAAUCUACAAAGGGAGCAGAGAAACAUAACAGCUUGCCAGCAAUAUAUCUGAAUUAAAAUUCCCCUUUUCUUUCCUAAAACAAUAUUUUUCUGAUUGUAUCUUAUAUAUCUAUAUUUCUAAAAGGUGUAUUAAUAUUCUCUGGUUUACUUUAUUGUUUCCACUUUACCCCAGAUUUCUGUAAAUAGUUAAAUACAUCACAUAUAUGGAAUAUAUAUAUAUUAUUCACUUUAUAAGGUAGCAAAAGGAAGCAAAUAUUUUAUUGUUUUAUUGACACCGAGGGGCACAUUUACUAGGCAAUCAUGAGAUAAAGUUGGAUUUUUUCUUACUUCUAGAUAAUUUCAAGAUUAACAAGUGAUUUUUCACCAGAACUCUAUUUUUCCAUUAUUAUUCCCAGAAAUAU